CGCAGAUCCACUUCUAGCUGGCCAGCUCUAUAUGCUAUUCCGCACAUUCUUCUGUUGAUCCAUGUUCUUUAUCAUUCUUUACUGUAAGACGAAGCGUUCAUACAGAAGGUAGAAUAGUACAUUGGAAGGAAACUAACUUUUGCGAGACUCAUUCGAUGAGGUCAAUCCAAGGUUCGAAGAAGGAGAAGAUGGCGGCGGUGGCGGCGCUGCGGGAGGCGAAGAUCGCGACGGCGUACGAGCCGUUCCCGUGGGAGAUGAAGAUGAGGGAGCUGCUGCCGGUGCCUGAUAAGAGCCGCUUCCUGUCGCUGCUGCUGCUCCCCAUGGCCACGGACGGCACUCAAACCCGCUACAACUCCCUCGACGACACCCUGGCCCGCGCCGACGCCUGGCUCGCCUCCUGCCGCUGCUCCGGCGUCCCUGUCCGCCUCGUCAGGUUUCAGACGGAGGCGCUGCUCACCAAGAUCACCGGCGAGACAGCCGUCCCCACGGUGAAUAUGCUCUCCGACCUGGCCAACCUGUCCAACGUCAGCCUCUACGGGUUCGAGGACUACCACGGCGUGGACAUCGGCAUGGUGCGCGCGGUGCGUCUGUGGUACGCGCCGUCAGGCGCCGCCGGCGAGACUUCCCUGGAGAUGGCGCUGCGGCAAGGGGACACCAGGCUCGGCUUCUCCAUCAACCGCACCAAGGAAGGGUUCAUCUAUGUCUCGUCGGUGGCGGACGAGAGCACGCCGGGCGUGGCAUCAACGCGCUCUGGCCUGCUUGAGAUGCACCGGGCGGCGCGCCGGGCGGGGAAGCUUCUCGUGCUGUCCCGCGUCGGCGGGGAGAGCGUGCUGCCCUGGCUGGUCUCCACCGCCGGCGACGUCAGGUGCUACGACACCGUCUCGCUCAACCAGAAGCUGUCAUUGUACCGCCACGCGCUGCGGCCAGUCACGCUCCACUUCCUCGCCUGGGACGACGGCGUCCUCCCACCGCUGCCGCCACCGCCACCGCGGUCGCCCGUGAUCGUGCUGUCAACCCCGUCCGAAAGCGACAUCGAGGAGCUCGACGGUGACGACGACGGCGACGGCCCUGGACCCGGGAUCGAGGGCGGCAAAGGGUUCCAGAAUAUCAGACUCCCGGAUAGCUGGCGGUGAGUGGAGUGGUCAGUCCGUCGUGUAAUGCUGCAUUCCAUUUUGCUUAAUUAUUUAGCCUUGUCUGCUCAGAUGAGAACAAAAAUAACUGUUACUACAGGUUAGUAAUCCUCCAUCGAUGGGAAGGUGUGUUAGCUUCAUUGUACCAUGGUCGUCAGUUAGUUCGUUGAUCACGCUAGGAUAUCAUUGUUGUAAUAUCAAGGGCUGAAAUAACAGUUUUCCUAUUCUACAUGCAUGCAUGCAUGCAUGCAUAAGUGACACAAGUAACGACAUCAUAA